UCUUGCUCGCAGCCUCGCCGCAUUUGCUCUUCUCCAAAAGUCCAAACGCACUCCGCUACCAACCGCAGCAGCGAAACGGAAGCGGCGAUGGAGUUCGGCUCCGCCCGCGCCACCGCCACCGCGCACCUCGUCUCCGUCGCCGCCCUCCUCCUCCUGCUCGCGCACGGCGGCGAGCCCGUGGGGCUCUGGCGGCCGCCGCCUGGCGGGGGGCUCCUCGUCGGCGGCGCCGACAGGUACCUGACGCGGGACGAGCGCUGGAUGAGCCAAACCCUCGACCACUUCAACCCCACGGAUCAUCGGCAAUUCAAGCAGCGUUAUUACGAGUUUCUUGACUACUACCGUGCUCCAAAUGGGCCGAUCUUCCUAAAAAUCUGCGGAGAAGCUUCGUGCAAUGGGAUUACAAAUGAUUACUUAGCUGUGAUAGCGAAGAAGUUUGGUGCUGCAUUGGUUUCUCCAGAGCAUCGAUACUAUGGAAAGAGUUCUCCUUUUGAGAGUUUGACGACAGAAAAUCUAAGGUUCUUGUCCUCAAAGCAGGCUUUAGUUGAUCUUGCUGUUUUCCGCCAAUAUUAUCAGGAAACCUUAAAUGCCAAGUAUAACGGCUCAGGAGCAGACAGUUCUUGGUUUGUUUUUGGAGGGUCAUAUGCUGGAGCACUCAGUGCUUGGUUCAGAUUGAAGUUUCCUCACUUGACAUGUGGAAGUCUUGCAAGCUCAGGAGUUGUUCUUGCAGUUUACAACUUUACAGACUUCGACAAACAGAUCGGGGAAUCUGCUGGUCCUGAAUGCAAAGAAGCACUUCAAGAAAUAACGAGACUUGUUGAUGGACAACUCCAGUCCGGCCGCAACUCAGUUAAACAGUUGUUUGGAGCAACAAAGUUAGAGAAUGAUGGUGACUUCCUCUACUUACUGGCAGAUGCUGCUGCUAUUGCGUUCCAAUAUGGCAAUCCUGAUGUCCUGUGCUCGCCACUAGUUGAAGCAAAGAAGAACGGUACAGACUUGGUGGAAACAUUUGCUCAUUACAUUAAAGAUUAUUACAUUGGAAAAUUUGGGGCAUCAGUAGCAUCAUACGAUCAACAGUAUUUGAAGAACACAACUCCUGCUGAAUCCUCAUACAGACUCUGGUGGUACCAAGUUUGCAGCGAGGUCGCGUAUUUCCAAGUGGCACCAAAAAAUGACAGUGUCCGUUCUACAAAGAUUGACAUAAAGUACCAUUUGGACUUGUGCCGAAAUGUUUUCGGGGAAGGAGUUUAUCCUGAUGUCUUCAUGACGAACCUAUACUAUGGAGGCACAAGAAUUGCAGGUUCUAAAAUCGUUUUUGCAAAUGGCUCUCAAGACCCAUGGCGCCAUGCUUCUAAGCAGAAAUCAUCAGAAGAAUUGCCAUCAUACUUAAUUGAAUGCAAGAACUGCGGACAUUGCAGUGAUCUCUCUGGAUGCCCUCAAGCUCCUUCAAAUAUUGAAGGUGAUUCAUCCAAGUGCUCAUCUCCAGAAGCUUUGAACAAAGUAAGAAAGCAGAUUGUUGAUCACAUUGACCUGUGGCUAUCAGAAUGUCAAGACCAAGGACAUGAUAAGGAGACAUCGCCAGGAAACAGAUGGAGCAUAGCUACUAUUUAAUUUACCUGUGCAAUCUACCGAGCAUAUGAGACAAAUAUGGCUGCUAUUUACAGUACUGCAGUGUAUCAACUCACACAAAUAAUACGGGCAUGAGUAUUCCACUCGGUCUCGGGCGAUUGCAUGUCAAGCAGUCGAAUAACACUACAGGUUCUCCUAAAAGAAAAACCAUGCAGGUAGAUCUCAGCAUAGAUUUUGGAAUACUUGCAGAGUGAGCCCAUGCACACCUUAUGGUCUCGGACUUUAAUCAGUAGACAAUAUCAUGGUAUGUAAAUGCAAUCAUAUCGUGUGCUAAACAAGCUGGUUAGUACAAGAGCACAUGCUGCAUCUCGCGCAUGCUCUUUUAACA